AUGUUUCCAUUAAAGGGCAUCAAAGUUGUUGAACUAGCUGGCUUAGCCCCGGGGCCAUUUGCCGGUCUCCUACUAGCCGAUUAUGGCGCCUCAGUCCUACGCAUUGACAGACCCUCCGCCGUGAGCGCAGACCAAUUGACACGAAACAAAACCUCAAUCACUUUGGACCUCCGUGAUACCAGCUCGCGUAAUAUCCUCCUCCGACUCCUUACUGCCGCAGAUGUCCUGAUUGACCCAUUCCGCCCGGGCGUUCUUGAGCGCCUCGGCCUUUCCCCGACCGAGGUUCUGCAAAAACACAACCCGCGUCUUAUUGUUGCACGAAUGACGGGGUUUCGUCGUGACGGAAAGUAUAGAGACAUGGCCGGCCAUGACAUCAACUACAUCGCCGUGUCAGGCGUGUUGUCCAUGCUAGGCCGCGCAGGCGAAAAGCCCUACGCGCCAGGGAACAUAUUAGGUGAUUUCGCAGGCGGCGGGGCGAUAUGCUUCCAGGGUAUCCUCCUUGCGCUCAUCUCACGAUCUCAUACCGGUCGCGGUCAGGUGGUCGAGGCCAAUAUGGUUGAUGGGUCUGCAUAUCUUGCUACAUUCCCUCGGCUUGCGCAGAAGACUCCCAGUUGGUCAGGCCCGCGUGGUGAAAACUUGCUUGACAGUGGCUGCCCCUACUACGAUACAUAUGAGACGAAGGAUUCUGGGAAAUAUUUUGCAGUUGGGGCAUUAGAGCCCCAAUUCUAUGCUGCGUUGCUGCGUGGGCUACAGCUCGACCCAAAAAGUCUGCCUAAACGUGAGGAUCGUGCUAAUUGGCCCUUGCUCCGAGACAUGUUUACACGUCGCUUCAAAGAGAAAACGCGCGCAGAGUGGGAGGCAGUUUUUGAUGGUACUGAUGCUUGUGCGACGCCUGUCCUUGAGCAGGCGGAGCUUGAAGACGCCGGAUACGAGCAACGUCCUAUUGUCCAUUUGACGAGCACCCCUGCCCCUCCCAUACAGGCCGAUCAGGGAGGGUGGACUAGUGGAGGUCUAUUACCAGGGGAUGGGGGCAGGGAGACACUCAGAGCCUGGAUGGGCUGGGAGCAGGAUAAAGAUUUCGCUGUACGAAAAGAUGGGGUAUUGUUAUCGCCUGGUGGGAAGCUAAAGAUAUAA